UCUCCCCCCAACCCACCCCACUUCUUCCUCCCCCACCACCGCACUCUCAUCCAUCUGCAACCGCAGCAGGGCAGUCUUCCAGAUCCGCCAAUUCCCCUUUCUUCUCCUUCUUCCUUAGCGACCCCGGCCGAUUUCGCGGGUUGCGGAGCGAUUCCACGCGAGCGGAGCCUUUUUUGCGGGGAUUGUAAGGCGGAGGAGUGGGGGCGCUGGUGAUCAUUUCGCGGGCGCGGCAACGAAUACAUGCGGAGGACGGAAUGAGGCAAGGGGGGGUGGGGGGCGCCGCUUCUGCAUGCGCAGCAGUCGAGAGCUCCGCGAACAGGAGGUGGAGGUACGAGUAGGCGAUGCGUGAGUUGUGUCGAGGUUCGUGCUGUCGUCAAAGAGCUCGUGCAAUCGCCCGCAAAUUUCCGGGCCUCACUGAAUUAUAAAGUCAAAGCAACAUUUUUUGAGGUUUUGUGCACAAGCCCAAACAAGAAGGUUCAACAUCCACUUCCUGAUGUAGUAAAAUCAAUACUGGCUGCUCAUGCCAGAAGAAACAAGGGGAAAACACUAAAAAAUAGUUGCAAUCAGGAUGAACAAGCACGAGUUGCCUGGAAAUCAUUCCAGACUUGCAUGCACAUCAUACCAACCUGCGCCGCUUCUGCAUGCGCAGCAGUCAAGAGCUCGGCGAACAGGAGGUGGAGGUACGAGUAGGCGAUGCGUGAGCUGUGUCGAGGUUCGUGCUGCCGUCAAAGAGCUCGUGCAAUCGCCCGCAAAUUUCCGGGCCUCACUGAAUUAUAAAGUCAAAGCAACAUUUUUUGAGGUUUUGUGCACAAGCCCAAACAAGAAGGUUCAACAUCCACUUCCUGAUGUAGUAAAAUCAAUACUGGCUGCUCAUGCCAGAAGAAACAAGGGGAAAACACUAAAAAAUAGUUGCAAUCAGGAUGAACAAGGCAUUUGUAAAAGAGAAGCAUCUGAGAGGGCACAACAAGAUGGAAGCUCAGCUCUCAGGUCCAUGGCCACCAAAACGGGGGAAACAGUUGUGGCAAUGGAGGAGAGGAACAGAUGGAGAAGGGGAGGUCAAGGGGGGAGGUUUGGGGGUUACGACUAGGAAAGGGAAGGACGAUUUGGUGCGUCAGCGUGAGCCAAGGCAGGCUAAUGUCAUAGGGGGAGCAAUAGUUAAUAUUGUGACAGACUCGCCCCUGGGGCCAUGUGCAGUAGUUAAUGUCAUAGGGGGCCAUUUCUUUCCUUUUUGGGUUUGCCAGCUGGAUCCGGAAAGAGGUCCACUACUAAUUCUAGGGUGUGUGCUGUGGACCGCUAGCCAGCCAAGGGUUGCUAGCUAGCCGCGUCCUUUUUAUAAUAUGCAAGAAUAAGAAUACAAUAGUAUAGUUGAGUUUUCAGAAAAAGGGAAGUUUCCUUAGAGUAA